UUAAUGAAUCUGUUACGGCGGAUCCUCCUGAACCGCCUCAGCCCAGGAAGGAAGGGCCGACCAUGGUAUAUCAAAGGAGGCAAUCUCGCCUCCUUUCUUGCCCAAAUUAAAUUACCGCCUAGGGGUGGGGUCCACGGGAUUUGAAAAUUAUUUUUAGGAAAGACUUGAGGAGGUGGAAAAAGUCUUUAAAUAGGAGAGGUAAGAGAAAGGGAGAGGAGGCCAGUAUUGUUUUCUUCUUGGAGUUUCUUGGGUGUUUUGGGCUCUAGACUCCCUUGUCUAGAGAUUUGGGAGAGACGAUCCUCCUCUCGAAUUGAGGAUCACUUGUAUCUUGAUUUCAUAUUGCUUUUGCUUUGUUUCCCUUAUUGCAAUUUAGUGAUUUGGGGCUGAUUUCGCCCAGAUUUUGGUUGAAUUCUCACUGUUUUGUCUCCAAUUAGUGAUAGGUUUGCUUGCGAACUCAAGUAUUCCCUUGGGGUUACUUGCGAACUCAAGUAUUUCCUAUCAAAUUGGUAUCAGAGCGAGUCUCGGGACCGGUGGAGGGCUGAUUUCAACAAAUUCCAGCAGUUUUCUUCUCUUCAAAUAGAAAGAAGUUGCUGAAUUUUACUCCAAAAACCUAUUUUUUUGGUGAAUCUACAAAGGACGGAUUGUGAUGGCGGCCAAAAAAGUGGAUGCAUUGGAGGAAAGACUUGAAGGGGAGAUGAAUCAAAUCAAAAAGACUGCGGAGGAAAGUAUUUCCUCCAUGGAAGGACAAGUUGCCGAGAGGAAGAUGAGGUGGAAAUCGCGGAAGGGGACGGAAGAAGGCCCCAUAUGGAGCCUUUCCAGAGGGAAGAAAGAGGAGGAUAUGAGGAACGUCAGGAGGGAUACUACGGCUGCCAAGGUGCUGAUUUUGAAGAAAGAAAGGGGGAUUUCGAAGGAGGUUGGGGCUAUGGUAGAGCAAGGGAAGAUCGGGAAACCUGGGGUGCACCCAGCACUUGGGAGAGGGGAAACUAUGGAAGGAUCAGGGGAAACGGUAGUGACCAGGAGGUGAGGAAGUUGAAGAUGCUCAUAUUUGAAGGAGAAAACACAUAUGGGUGGAUUUACAAAGUAGAGCGGUACUUUGCCGUCAAUGGGUUGACGGAGGAGGAGAAGCUGACAACCGCAGGACUAUGCUUAGAGGGGAAAGCCCUGUCAUGGUUCCAGUGGAGAGAUCAAAGGAGGCCGAUCAGAAACUGGAGGGAAUUCAAAGACUGCAUAAUAGAACGAUUCCAAACCGAUCGGGGAGGAGACUUCUAUGAGCAGUUCUUUGCUCUGACACAGGAGGGAUCAGUAGCAGACUACCGGGAGCAGUUUGAGCACAUAGCCAGCAGGGUGGAGCGACUCUCCGAUACAGUAUUGGAGGGAAAUUUUAUGAAAGGGAUGAAGGUGGAGAUCCGAGCAGCAGUUAAGGUUUUGAUGCCCCGUGACUUGGGGGAGGCCAUGAAGUUGGCCCAAUUGGUGGAAAAUCAAAGGAAUUUGGAGAGGGGAGCCAGGAGUAGCAGCACCGGUGGCACUUACAGGAUGCCGACCACCCAUCUAGCACCUAAAGGUUCUGCAACAGGAGGGAACCGAGAGGCCACCAAGGAAAAGACAGGAGGAGGGAGCGGGGGAAAUUUCAAGCGGCUAACAGAGAAAGAAAUGCAGGAAAAGAGGGCUAAGGGGUUGUGCUUCAGAUGCGAUGAAAGGUACACACCAGGGCAUCGGUGCAAGGAUCGAACUCUUUAGGUUCUCACCGUCUGUGAUGACGA